ACCUCUUUUCCCCUUUCGUUUGUUUAUGACACUCUCGUCCAUCCAUAUUUGAUAGUGAAAUGGUAAGAUAUAAACCAUGAGAGUUGUCAUCAGCCUCCCUCCCUCCCCACCAGGUGGAAAACGCCAGUAGCCUUGGAGCAGAAAUGAUGAAGCCAAUACACGGAGAUGGAGCUCCUGGUUCUGCCCAUUCCCAAGAUCCAGUCGGACAGUUGUAUUUCAUGAGUUGAUAAAUGUCUAUUUUUGCCUCAGCAAAUUCUGUGUCUGUGUUUAUGCUGAAAGUCCAGGUGAAUGACAUCAUCAGUCGCCAGUACCUGAGUCAAGCAGUUGUAGAAGUGUUUGUGAACUACACGAAGACCAAUUCCACGGUGACUAGAAGCAAUGGAGCCGUGCUGAUAAGAGUACCCUAUAAACUAGGGCUCAGCUUAACCGUUAUUGCUUACAGAGAUGGCUAUGUGUUGACGCCUCUGCCGUGGAAGACCGGAAGAAUGCCAAUAUAUUCAUCAGUUACACUUUCACUGUUCCCGCAAAGCCAAGCAAAUAUAUGGCUCUUUGAAGACACUGUUUUAAUUACUGGAAAAUUAGCCGAUGCCAAAUCUCAACCAAGUGUUCAGUUUUCAAAAGCCUUAAUUAAACUACCAGACAACCAUCACAUUAGCAAUGUUACAGGCUACCUUACAGUUCUACAACAAUUUUUGAAAGUGGACAAUUUUCUGUAUACAUCUGGAAUUACUCUUGAUAAAUCAGGUUUUGAAAGCAUUGAAUUGACUCCUCUUGCUGCAAUAUGUGUGAAGAUAUAUUCUGGAGGAAAAGAAUUAAAGGUGGAUGGCUCUAUUCAGGUUUCUCUCCCCCUUCUCCAUACAAAUGAUGUAAGUGCAGGGGAUCACAUACCUGCCUGGACAUUUGAUAUGAACACAGGUACUUGGAUAAAUCAUGGCCAGGGAAUGGUCAAGGACUAUAAUAAUCAUUUAAUUUGGACAUACGAUGCACCACAUUUGGGCUACUGGAUAGCAGCUCCACUUCCAGGAACUAGAGGUUCAGGUAUAAAUGGAGACUCCAAGGACAUAACUGCCUACCACACGGUGUUUCUGACAGCCAUACUGGGAGGAACAGUAGUCAUUGUCAUUGGAUUUUUUACUGUGCUUCUUUGUUACUGCAGGGAUAAGUGUGGCACUCCCCAGAAAAGAGAAAGAAAUAUCACUAAGCUCGAGGUCCUCAAGAGAGACCAGACAACUUCAACAACACACAUAAAUCACAUCAGUUCAGUCAAAGUUCCAUUAAAAGCUGAGGACAAGUCACAGUUAUUCAAUGCCAAAAAUUCAUCAUAUAGCCCGCAAAAAAAGGAACUGUCAAAGAUGGAAGCAGAGGAGAGAAUUUCCAUGGUAAAAACUCGGGACAGUUUUAAAAUCUACAAUGAAGAUGUUUCAUUUCUGUCAGCCAAUCAAAAUAAUUUCUCAAGAAACCCAACCCAGUCCUUGGAGUCCAGCGUAGGGGCCAAACAACUUACACACAUUACCAACAACCUGUCUUCUCUAGGCGAUGCUCAAGAGGAAAAGAGGUAUCUGGCGGGUAGCGAGGAGGUGUAUGGGCGCUCCCACCUCCCCGAGCAGCUGAUGCACAUCUACAGCCAGCCCAUUGCCAUCCUUCAGACAGCUGACCUUUUCUCCUCUCCAGAGCAGCUACAUACAGCUAAGUCAGCUACUUUGCCAAGAAAGGGACAGCUAGUCUAUGGCCAACUGAUGGAACCAGUCAACAGAGAGAACUUUACCCAGACAUUGCCCAAAAUGCCAGUGCAUUCUCAUGCACAGCCUCCGGAUGCCCGGGAAGAGAGCAUCCCACUUGAAGGCCAGCAGAGCUUGCCGUCCCAGACCUCAGAGUGGGGCCGCUAUUCCAGCAGCUUACUGGAGUCCGUGUCUGUGCCUGGGACACUCAAUGAAGCUGUUGUAAUGACCCCCUUUUCAUCAGAGCUCCAAGGAAUUUCAGAGCAGACCCUCCUGGAGCUGUCCAAAGGGAAGCCCUCCCCUCACCCCAGAGCCUGGUUUGUGUCUCUUGAUGGGAAGCCAGUCGCCCAAGUGAGGCAUUCCUUCAUAGACCUGAAAAAGGGCAAGCGAACCCAGAGCAAUGAUACGAGCCUGGACUCGGGGGUGGACAUGAACGAGCACCACUCAAGUAGGAAACUGGAGAGGGAGAAGACUUUCAUCAAAAGCAUGCACCAGCCUAAGAUUCUGUACUUGGAAGAUUUAGACCUGAGCAGUAGUGAGAGUGGAACCACUGUCUGCUCCCCUGAGGACCCAGCUCUCAGGCACAUUCUAGAUGGAGGGAGUGGCGCUAUCAUGGAGCACCCCGGGGAAGAGUCCCCAGGAAGAAAAAGCACUGGCGAAGAUUUUGAAGCCAGUACGUCCCCCACUAGGAAAAGGGGCAGACCACCACUAGCCAAGAGAGACAGCAAAACUAAUAUCUGGAAGAAGCGAGAGGAACGCCCACUGAUCCCCAUAAAUUAACACCAAGGACGAUUGUGUCUCUGCUCUUUCGUGUUUAUUCUUGCUUCUUACUGUAAAUUGCGGUGUGAACUUCUUAAGAAGGUGACUGAGCAAUUCAGUGGUCCCUGGAUAUGUCUCAAGCAGAGUAAAUAGUAAAA